GUUCUCUGCACCCAGGCUUGCUCGUGGAGAAGGGAGCAAACUCAUUAGAAUCUUCAUGAUAAAUCAUAAAGAAACUUAAGUGAGAACAAAAAAUAUUAAUAUUCUUCAACAAUGUCGUACUGUUGCAGUGUAAGGACAGGAUAAAAGAAUCAGAGUGUCUCAACCCCUAACAAGAGGACCAAGUGCCUUUAUUCCAGAGAAGGAAGUUGUCCAAGCAGACACGGUGGAUGAACGGACAAACUUUCUUGUGGAAGAGUACUCUACGUCUGGUCGCCUGGACAACAUCACACAAGUGAUGAGCUUGCACACUCAGUACCUGGAAUCUUUCCUGCGGAGCCAGUUCUACAUGCUGCGCAUGGAUGGCCCCCUUCCCCUCCCAGACAGGCACUACAUUGCCAUCAUGGCUGCAGCCAGACACCAGUGUUCCUACCUGAUAAACAUGCAUGUGGAUGAAUUUUUAAAGACUGGAGGGAUUGCUGAGUGGCUGAAUGGCUUAGAAUAUGUACCACAACGACUGAGAAAUCUUAAUGAAAUUAACAAGUUGCUGGCACACCGGCCCUGGCUGAUCACGAAAGAGCACAUUCAGAAACUUGUCAAAACUGGAGAAAACAAUUGGUCCCUGCCUGAGCUAGUGCACGCCGUGGUCCUCCUGGCUCACUAUCACGCUCUGGCCAGCUUUGUUUUUGGUAGUGGCAUCAACCCAGAGAGAGAGCCGGGAAUCUCCAACAGUUUCAGAUUAAUCUCAGUGAACAGCUUCUGCGUGUGUGAUCUGGCUAAUGACAACAGCAUCGAGAAUGCGUCCCUGGGGGGCAACAACUUUGGGAUUGUGGACUCACUCGGUGAGCUAGAAGCCUUAAUGGAAAGGAUGAAAAGGCUUCAGGAAGACAGGGAAGAUGGAGAGACGACUCAGGAAGAAAUGACCACGCGUUUUGAGAAAGAAACAAAAGAAAGUCUCUUUGUGGUCCCUGGAGAGACUUUCCAUUCAUUUCCUCACUCAGAUUUCGAAGAUGACAUGAUCAUAACGGCUGAUGUUUCCCGAUACAUCGAAGACCCAGGUUUCGGGUAUGAGGACUUUGCCAGGCGAGGAGAAGAACAUUUGCCAACAUUCCGAGCCCAGGACUACACCUGGGAAAACCACGGCUUCUCGCUGGUGAACAGGCUUUACUCUGACAUCGGACAUCUCCUGGAUGAGAAGUUUCGGAUGGUCUACAAUCUCACCUACAACACAAUGGCCACCCAUGAGGAUGUUGACACAAGCACGCUACGCAGAGCAUUGUUCAACUACGUUCACUGUAUGUUUGGAAUCAGGUAUGAUGACUAUGAUUAUGGGGAAGUUAACCAGUUACUUGAACGGAGCCUGAAGGUUUACAUCAAGACGGUGACCUGCUACCCCGAGAGAACCACAAAGCGCAUGUAUGACAGCUACUGGCGGCAGUUCACACACUCAGAGAAGGUCCAUGUGAAUCUACUGCUGAUGGAAGCCCGAAUGCAAGCUGAGCUGCUUUACGCUCUGCGUGCCAUAACUCGGCACCUGACCUGAAGCGCCACCAGGAAGGCGUCAGCAUGUGUCGGGGCCUCUCACACAGGACUCAUGUCAGAACUUGUUUGUGACGCAGCCUCAGCAGUUACUCAGUUCCUAGUGUCAAAGUUUAGCUGUCGAGGUUUAUUGUUUCUGUUUUUGUUUUGUUAUUGUUGUUAGGGUUUAAUUUGGGGGGGGAGUUGUUUGUUUUGUUUGUUUUUUUUAUUUUUUCUGGCUGUAAUGUGCAAUGGUGUGUUUUAUAUUUCUCUAUGCUUAACAUUGCUAACAGUUGCUAAAGUAACCCUGACGAGCACUACUUCACAUUGCUUAGAGCUGGACUGUGGGAUCUGACAUAAAUCAUGACCUGGUUUGUUAAGGCUUCACUCAGUGCUCUGGAGUUCAUGUGUAUGUGUCUCUCUUGUCUUUACUUAAAGAGCAUACGGAAAAGUGCUUGCAGUCUGCUCAAGCAGUUCUUCCUCCGUUAUCAACAUCCGGCAAAGAAUGGUGUCGUCUACCGGAAGCUGCCCACAUGUGUCCUGAGUCUGGGAGGGCUUGUGCUAUUGAACCAAGCUGCCCCUGGAGCACAACCUGUGCCCCAGAGAUGAUCAGGCACUGUUCUGUUUUCAUUUAUCUGAUUUUUUUUUCUUACACUGCAAUUGACAGUAACGUGAAAUGUGAUACAGACAUUGUCCAUAAUUUAAUGUGAAAUUAAUUAUGAUGAAUUCUAUAGCAUGCUACUGAAAUGCCAAAUUCAGCUACUUUCUUUGUCUUCUAAAGCAGAGGCCUCAUUUUCCCACAUGGCUGUCUGUGCGGCAGUGGACUUAGGCACAGUUCCUUGAGCCCUGCACCACGGUCCUCGUCACCUCUAGUAGCUGGUGUCUACAGUGCUUUACAGCUCGCACACAAAUCCCAGCACACAACACUGACCAAAUGUUUCUUUGCACAUGCUCCUUUGCUGAGAGUUAAGGAAGGUUAGUUAAUACACCCCUUUUUUCCCCUGUUACAGCUUUGGAAAUUAUUUUACAUGAUUUUCGUCUUAUAAUACGUUAAGUCAUUUGUUAUUCAAAGGAAGAAUGUGUUUCUGUGCAUUAAUGUGAUUGAGCAACAACAAAACAGUGCAAUGUUUUCAAAAAUCAACUCAGCUUCCCCUAUCAUGUCACUACAGAAGUGUCCUUUUAAACAGAGCCAUAAUGAAAUGACCUUCAGAUGUCUUUAUUGUGCUAGGUGUUUUCCAGUUUUACCUUGCUGAGGUUGAACUGUGAUUCCACUGAGCCAAAGCAUUCAUUCCCCCAGAAAAAUCUGUUUGGACAACUAGCUACACAAACACACACACACACACACAUUGUCAUAGGGGAGAAAAGGCAGCCAAAAAGUCGCAUUUUUGCAUCAAUUUGUGUUGUUUGAUUAGACUAUCUUCAGAGAGCACAACCUUGUGUGUUUAUAGCUUUAAUUUGUAUUGUGUUACUGACCAGUGAAGUGCCUAAAGAGCUGCUAUAGCACCCAGAGGACACAACUGCACGGGUUAAGCGCCUUCGCUUGGUGAAAGGUGAUUUGCAUUUUACACAUACAUGUUCACCUAAAACAUAGCUGUCUCUAGUGAGUCAUCCAUGAAGCUCCCACAGAGCGCUCACUAAGGCUUUCCCUGUUGUGUGGGUGUACUUUUCCUCUUAUGACAGAACUGUGUGCCGACGUUCCAUUAGGCUAUCCUUCUGCCUGCUGUCCUUUUCUGGGAUGUUAGCUCCUUUUACUUAGUGUUCUGUCCCGGGGAAGAGAGCAAUGAUGGCUGUAGACCUGUAGCAUGGGUAGUUCUUCAUUUUUAGACUCCAGGAUCUUGCUUAACAUCCUCCAUGUGAGGAAAAAACCACUGAGAUUUGAAGACAGGGUGGUUCCUUUAGAACUUAGUCAGAGAGCUUGUGCCAGGGUUCUGUACUGUGUUUGCUGUGUGGACUGUGCCCAUUCCUUCUUUAGAUGUGUAUGAACUACAAGAGCAGUACUUAGAAGAAUGGCAAGACACAGGUGGUGGCAUAAAUGCCCGUGAACUUUCCCAGCUUUAAGGCUUUCACAUUUAGGAUAGAGUUUAUUAUUGCAUUUUUUUGCAUGUUAGAAAACAGUUUCACUUCAUAGCCUCAUUCUUUCAUUCAGAUGAACUGAAUGACAGGAUGAAAAUAGUUUUCAUGUAUUGACUAAGAGGAGGAAUUCUCACAGAACCCUGAAUAAGCUUUAGACCAAAAGGGAAGAAAAGGGUUAAGUAGAGUGGCCACUUACUUUUUGCUUUUGGUUUUGUGUUGCCCCAGAAAUGUAAGUAGAGAUUGGACUAUGGAAAUAUUAGUGCCUUUAAUAGAUUUCUCUCCUAGCAAAACUUCCUUUUAGUUCAACAGACCAAUCAAUAAUCAGGAAAAUAAGUUGACUUGGAACCGUGAAUAAAAACACAGCAAUGUAUUUAUGAGCCUCAGUGAACCAGCCUCAAAAAGUUGGUUUGUGAAGGUGGCCACACCUCCAUGCUACAACAUGCACCCCACAUUCCCAGUGCAGAUGCCGCUGUAAGAGUGGGCUGUCAACCGCUUUAUCUAGUGCAAACUUGAAAUUUCGAUGCGGUUUUCCAGGGUGGCAUUUUUUUCAGAGUAUUGAAUUUACAAUGUAGUAAUUUAUAGUGUAGCUUUUUAUACUGAAAUGUGAUAUUUUUCAAAGGAGCUGUCUGACUAUCGGUGUAAUAACAGAGCCUAUGGCAAGCUGAGCUGUACCCGGGGCUCUCACUGUGCCAAACAAGCCUGUGAGUGUGUGUGAAGAACACACGCAUCUGGCUGUGAAGUCCUCAACUCCUUGCUCCUUCUGUUACAAUCAGUCUGAUAAUCGUGAUGGGCAUGCUGGAAUAAUGCCAUUCAAUUUGGAAUCUCACGUUUGCCAGCAUCUGCUAAUUUUCAGUUUCUCAGAUCAUUGUCAGAAACAUCAAGGAAAUCAGGCUUGGUGGCACAUACCUGUAAUCCCAGUACAUGGAAGAUGUAUAAGAGGAUGCUGGUUUGGGGGUCAGCCUGGGCUAUAUUGUGACACCUUGUCUCAAAAUUUAAAAAGAAGGUAGAAAUAUGUGCAUAGCCUUACACAUGAAAGUGGGCCUGCUCUGUAACGCACUGAACUGUGGGAAUGGCCCGGGUGCCCUGGGGUUGCCUCAGACGUGGCUUCCUCGGGCAGAUUCAUGCUACUCUGAUGGAAAAUGGCUUUUGCAGGUGGACUACUUUUUAAAAUAAGUACCUUGUCUCAGUCCAAUGAAUUGUCAUCCCCCCUCUCCCGCCUUAGGGUGCUCUGUAAAUCAGGGGUAGCUAAAAUGGAAUCCAGGGUGUAGCCUUGGGCUUUUGAACCAGUUUUAAACCCAAUAUAGCACAGCUGUACAGGGCUAUUUUUAAAAGAGAAAACUCAAGAUUUAUAUAAAGGCCAUAUAAAAUUUAAACAAGAGCCCUAUUUUGUUUGUGUUGUGUCUGUUAAAAAUUUACAUAAUUCUAAGAUCUAAUGGAUAUCAUCCAGGGAAUUACUUCCUCUCCCACCUCAGAAAGCUUUGCUAAUCCAAAAUCAUAGAAUUUUAUGCCGCACCAAAGUGAAUUUAGCAGCAAACAGUUAUAGAUUACUACUUAAAAUAGUCAGCACUUCCGGUGCAAGUACGUGCCUGGAUGGUGGCAAGGCUCCUUUAAACUGUAAGACAAGGACAAAGAACAGAACAAAUCCAGUGGACUGUACAGAUGGUAUGUGCUGCGACGGGCAGAUGAGCUCAGUCUCUGAGAAACAGACCGUUUUACAUGGAAUAAAAGGCCUGCAAGAUGAUCCACAUAUGCAGUGCGUAAGCUUUCUUAGUGUUAUCUCACCAGCAAGCAGAAAGGUCUGAAGGGGGUGCGGUUGGAACCAGUUCGAGGUGGCCAUCACCCUGUGCUGGUCCCUACUGUCCCUAUGCCUCUGGAGACUCAGGUGCAGACUCAAUCUUUCCCCAAAGCAGGCCAUAAUGUAAGUGUAUCCUGUCAGUCCACAGUGUGAACCCCACACAUCUGCAUCUUAGGUCCCUGUUAAUUUGGCCACCGACAGCACCUGCUUAGGGAAGCCCAAGACCAGAAAAGGCUUGUAUGAAGUGGGUCUGGAGUGGAUGUGUGCACCGAGGCUGAGCCCCAUGGGGAAGAAAACAGUUUCCAGGAACCGUUGGAACACAGAGCUGAGAUUCUGGCUAUCCUUGGCACAGGCACCUGCUGUAUAGGUAGAAACUCUCACCAGCCUCCAUCCACCCUUUCCUACUUUUCUCUUCCUCAAAGUGCCUCAUCCACCAUCCCCAAGCCUGUCUGGGUCUUAAUGCCUUUCACAGUCGAACAUCACCAGCCACCUGCUGAGCAUCACCAGUGCGUCUUUCUGAGUAUGUCUUCCCCCACCAUGAAGAAUAUGGCUUUUCCCCAACCCCUUCCACUCUCUCCACCAUCCAUCUAUAUUUUUGCCUCGAACACCUUAGCAGAUAUAUACAGCAUCCAGUGUGUUCUGUCUACCCACUGCUGUUCAUACCCACUUCCCAGCUGCCAAGAUACCUUGCUCUCCUCUACCUCAUCCCCACAGAGCCUAUAAAUUCAGAGCACCCAGUCUUCUCGUGGGCUCAUUCUCUGUUCAAUACUACUACUCCAUAUUUUAAAUAAGUCAUAAAACGUUUGCCUUCUGUCAAAGUAGGAACCUUUAUAUUUAUACAUGAUAAAGAAAUUAAACUAUUUCUACCAUGCAGAAUUUAACAUUUAGCAAGAAUUCAAAGUGAUUGAAUUACUAGCCUAACUUGGUCUGUAUUAGAGGAUAAAUACUGGUAAUAGUCCCGGUUGCUUGAAUGCAGAGUUAAAAUUCUCCAACAGUCCAGAGUAACCUGUAAGUCUUCAAUGGGACAGGAAAUCCCUGCCAGACAAAUUUGGAUCACAUUAGCCUAUUUGCUGUGUAAUGUAGAUUUGGAAAAAAAAAACAAAAACAAAACCAAAUGCCACAAAACUGAGUACAUGAGCAUUUCACUCAAUUAACUAAGCUUCUAACCCCAUUCUUUCCUGGAUGAGAUAAGAAGGAAGUGUGUUCUUGCUCCUGCCGCUGCUCUCUGUGUAAGUCCAGAUAGCAUCAUUAAGGAGCAGAGGUAGUAAUGCUGCUGCUUCUCCCACAACCAGGCUCCUGACAGGAGACAAAUGUGUUCACACGUAGAUGACUGUCUAACCCAAAAGUGAACUACCCUGUUUGGAGUGUAGAUCAGAUCUUUGAUGGUCUUCAGGUGUUCCCAUCCCAGUCAUGAGCACCUACAUGCAAUGGUCGAUUAAUGCAUUUAAGGACCCAAGAGUAAAGGAGGCACUUAGUUAGGCAAUGACCUGGUGACUUAAAAUGAUAUGUCAAGAAGUGUUCAUUUAGCUUUAACUAAAUUAGGACUGUACUGCCAUGUAGUACAGAACUGGAAGGGUAAGGGAGCGUCUGCUUCUGAAUGCAUGUGGAAACCCUUGAGGUGAUUCAGCCUGUGCCACAAAGUAGCCCAUAGAACGAGCAGCCCAUUUUAUAGUUCACAGGACCCCAAACAUUAAAAAUUGAAAUAUCAUAAAUAUAAUUUUGGUAUGUAAAAUUUUGCUAAAGCUGUGUAUUUCUUACUCCAAGUAACCUCUUAAAAUGAAUGUAUCGUUUCUGUGGAAAGAAUGUUAGAGAGAGUCUGUGGUCUUUAGUGUUAAAAUGUUGCUCAUGGGUAUCGCUGAGUUAAAUGUACACAUUAUAUCCAGAAGAAAGCUGAUUUCUUAAUUGAUCUUUAGAAACUUUAACUGGGCUCUCCUGAGUCUGAUAGAAGAACAAAAGGAAGGAUGAAGGAAAUGUAUCAGAUGAGUGGCCAAAGAUUUGCCUUUUCAAAGCAGAAGCAUCUCUUUCCUGAAUCUCCCUGGUUUCCCAAAAUAGAAGCCCAGUUAAAUGGUACCCUGUCCACCAAGAAAAGUGAGCCCUGUUUCACAGCCAGUGCAGACAUUGCUUUUAUAUUGGAUGUCUCUGCAGAGAAAGAAAUUAGCAUUUAUUUUCUUCCUCUAUCUCGUCGCAUUUACUCUUUCAACCCAAAACAAGAUGGAUGAGAAAGCAAGGGCCAGGCCACUUGACAUCUUACUCAUUGACCAGGGACACAGAGUCUUGGCAAGGAAAAUCAGAACCCUGUCUGGCCACCCUGGAAACAUGGCCUCGCCACUUGGCUUACCUCCUUCAAACCUGAAAGAAGUGUUUCUCUCAUGGAAGAACUGGAUGUAGCUUGUAACUAUGAAAUAGAAGUUGAACUUGAAAAUUCUUCUGAAUCCUGAUUGUGCAGGCCAGCUGCAUAAUGAAUGUAUACAUGAAGACUGUGGCUGAAUCACACGAGUCAGAUGCCAAGUUCAUGACUUUCCACAUAGACAUCUUCUCCUUAAGGUGUGAGUGAUGUAUGUAGCAUGCUGUGAAGCGCCUGUUCUAGUUCAUAAUUCAUCAGUAUUAAUACAGAGUUACCCUUGCGUCCCUUGGUACUUUAUAGUUGAUGUAAUCAGAAGCUGUGAUGUUUCACCUUCGUAGUCCUGUGCUUUGUUGCUGUAAUUUUUUUUAUGAAGCACGUGACUUUGGACUCAUGUAAGGUGGAUGACCAUGAUCUUGAAGACUGCUACACACACACACACACACACACACACACACACGCGCGUCUCUUACUCUAUGGUUUUAAGUUAGGAUAAGCUUCUCUCCAAUAGAUUGUUGAUGCCGUUUGCAGUUUAGGGUCUACAAGUUCACUGUCAAGUGGCAGCAUCCUCUUUAUAGUUUCAGCUCUGAAAAUAGCAAGCUUCUCAACAGCCACUUCACCCUUUUUCCGGCAGAACAGACCCUGCUGUGGAUGCAGACGAUGGUGGUAACCGAUAAUGCCCUCCACAUGCAUUGACAGUUCUGGUGAUGACAGAACCCAGGAGAGCUUCUAUGUAUAAGUAGGCUUGAUUUUUGUUCUUCUGUCGCGGACUUGACGGUUCUGACUAGAGCUGACCCAAAUGGGCCAGCUUGUGUGUAAUACCCUAGUGCUCUAACGCUUCUCUUCUCGUUCUGCUGUUGUUGGUUUUGUUUUUUGAGGGAUGGGUAAUAUUAUUUGAACAGAUAAAGAAGGAACGGUUAGUGAAAUCAAGACAAACACAUCUGAAAUAAAGGAACUGUGUAUUAACCUGUUAACAAUUCAUAACUGCACUUUUUAUGACAUUUUGAAAAUCUAUUUAUAGGUACAGAACAAUGGGUUUUGUUAAACUGUAUCACGUUUAUACCUACAGAAUUUAUUUCAUUGUUAUUAGUAGGAAUUUUAUUGGUUCAAUAAAAUUGGCAAAACUGA